AUGGCUAUCACCGUUGGUAUUAAUGGAUUUGGUCGUAUCGGCCGUUUAGUCUUAAGAAUUGCUUUGAACAGAAAGGACAUUGAUGUCGUUGCUGUCAACGAUCCUUUCAUUGCUCCAGAUUAUGCUGCUUACAUGUUCAAGUAUGACUCUACCCAUGGUAGAUACAAGGGUGAAGUUAAGGCUGAAGGUGACAAAUUGAUCAUUGAUGGUCACCCAAUUGAAGUCUUUGGAGAGAAGGAUCCUGCUUCUAUUCCAUGGGGUAAGAAGGGCGUCGACUACGUCAUUGAAUCCACUGGUGUUUUCACUAAAAUUGAAGGUGCUCAAAAACACAUUGAUGGUGGUGCUAAGAAGGUUAUCAUCACUGCUCCUUCUGCUGAUGCUCCAAUGUUCGUUGUUGGUGUCAACGAAAAGAAAUACACUCCAGACUUGAAGAUCAUCUCUAAUGCUUCUUGUACUACCAACUGUUUAGCUCCAUUAGCUAAAAUUGUUAAUGACACUUUCGGUAUUGAAGAGGGUUUGAUGACCACUGUUCACUCUAUUACUGCUACCCAAAAGACCGUUGACGGUCCAUCCCAUAAGGACUGGAGAGGUGGUAGAACCGCUUCUGGUAACAUUAUCCCAUCCUCUACUGGUGCUGCUAAGGCUGUUGGUAAGGUCAUCCCAGAAUUAAACGGUAAAUUGACUGGUAUGUCAUUGAGAGUUCCAACCGUGGAUGUUUCCGUCGUGGAUUUGACUGUUAGAUUGAAGAAAUCCGCUACAUACGAAGAAAUCUCUGAAGCCAUCAAGGCUGCUUCUAACGGAGAAUUGAAGGGUAUCAUGGGUUACACAGAUGAGGCUGUUGUUUCUACUGAUUUCUUAGGCUCAACUUACUCUUCUAUCUUUGACCAAAAGGCUGGUAUCUUAUUAUCUCCAACCUUCGUCAAAUUGAUUUCGUGGUAUGAUAAUGAAUUCGGUUACUCUAACAGAGUUGUUGACUUGUUGGAGCAUGUUGCUAAAGCUUCCAAAUAA